GUGAGCUGUGGGGAAAGGCAGGGGCGGCUUCUUAGGUGCUGCUGCCGCCGCCACCGCUGCUACUGCCGCCUCGGAACCGGGGCCAGGGGGGCGGUGGGGCAGCGCAUGGAGCCCCCGCCCCCCCCGAACUGCCAACACCACCGCUACGCUUAGCACAGGCAGCCUUGUGGUUUUAAGCCAUUUGUCCUCCAGGUGCCCCUGGAAUGGCGUGACUACUUCCCCAGCAAUGGACCCCUCUGUUACACUGUGGCAGUUUCUGCUGCAGCUGCUGAGAGAGCAAGGCAAUGGCCAUAUUAUCUCUUGGACUUCACGUGAUGGUGGGGAGUUCAAGCUAGUGGAUGCUGAGGAGGUGGCUCGUCUGUGGGGGCUGCGGAAGAACAAGACUAAUAUGAAUUAUGACAAGCUCAGCCGGGCCUUGCGCUACUACUAUGACAAGAACAUCAUCCGCAAAGUCAGCGGCCAGAAGUUUGUCUACAAGUUUGUGUCCUACCCUGAAAUCGCAGGGUGCUCUACUGAGGACUACUUGCCACCACCCGAGAUACCUGUCACCUCCACUGUGGCAAACAUGGCACCUACUGCUCUUCAUGUUGCCCCUGGGGACCCUGCUUCUGGGAAGCCAGGCCCACCCAAAGGUGGGGGAGUGGCAGGCACAGGUGGCUUGGCACGUAGUAGCCGAAAUGAAUACAUGCGCUCAGGCCUCUAUUCUACCUUCACAAUUCAGUCCCUGCAACCGCAGCCACACCCACAGCUGCCACCUCAUCCUCGGCCUCCUGCAGUACUCCCCACCAGUACCCCUUCAGGGGCAAUGCUCCUCUCAGGGAGCAGGAGCACCAGCCCAAGCCCCUUGGAGGCCUGCCUGAAGACUGAGGAUGUCGACCUUCCUCUGCAGGUCAUCCUCACCCCACCUGAGACCCUGAACCCUAAAUCAGAAGAACUGAGUUUGGAGGCCAGGUUUGGCAGGUCACUGCCCACCGACGUCAAAGUGGACACGCCCAAGGAUGAGUUGGAAGCUGCAGCCCAUGGGGAGGUGGAAUUUGUGCUGGAAUCGAAGGUUGAGUCGGAAGUUUCUCCCACGGAAGAUGUGCCAGCCCACCUGCCCGCAGUUGUCAUGGAGACUACAGCACAGGUAGUCGGUGUUGGAGCCUCUACAUCGUCAUCGCACACAGAGAACGUCCAACCUCAGAAGGGCCGGAAGCCCCGAGACCUGGAGCUUCCACUCAGCCCAGGGCUACUGAGUGGUCCGGGACCCGAACGGACUCCAGGAUCGGGAUCUGGCUCCGGGCUUCAGGCACCAGGGCCAGCACUGACUCCAUCCCUUCUACCUUCUCAUACACUGACUCCGGUGCUGUUGACACCCAGCUCGUUGCCCUCCAGCAUCCACUUCUGGAGCACUCUGAGUCCCAUUGCACCCCGUAGUCCUGCCAAACUCUCCUUUCAGUUCCCCUCCAGUGGAAGCGCCCAGGUGCACAUCCCUUCCAUCAGCGUGGAUGGCCUCUCAACCCCCGUGGUGCUCUCCCCAGGGCCCCAGAAGCCAUGACUACCAUCAGCACAGCCACCCCUUGGGGUGGUCACUCCAUCCAUGCCUUGGACUUCUCUCCAGCCAUCUUAAUUCAAAGAGAAAAGAGAGUUCAUGAGACUGACUCGUUCUCUGAUUGUGGGGGUAGGGAUUCUUAGGAAGAAGCUUCUCUUCACAACCCACAUGAAACACGAUAACUCUCCUCUCUUUUUGUCAGGUCCCCCAGUAGCCGUCCUCACACGUCUCCUACUCCUGUAGUUGAGGGGGGCGGUUUAUUUAUUUUUUGAAGGCCACUGGGAAGAUCCUGGCCCAUCUCUUUGAAGGAGGGUGUGAGGCUAUCUCCCCUGAUCUCCAUAUCUUUUUCCCUAACACAGGACAAUCGGGGUCUGGCUUGAGAAGGCCCCUUCUUUUUUCUUUUCUUUCUCUCUCAGCCUGCCCUUGGGAAGCUGAGGGAACGCUGUUUCUAGGUGUUUGUAGAAGAAAUCAUUGUAGUUGUUUAUUCUUGGCCAUUCCUAAGGGUCCAGGAAUAAUUUGUGCCACUUCAUGGUUUGGGAGUCUUGGCCGAGGAAGAUUCACACUUUUGGAAUGGGAUUUUCCACGGCCAAAGACGUUUUCUCAGACAGCUUGUCCUUUUCUCAGCCAACUUUUUGGCCAGAAAGGAAUACCCCUUUUGUCUCUCCCCUUGAAAAGCCAUUCCUGUGUCUGCCAAACUCCUGGGGUCCUACCUUUACCUCCCAAUGGAGGGUUUGGGGGGGCAGAGUCCCCGUCUGGGGGACCCCUCCUACCAGUACUCCAGGUUUCCCUGUACCCCGUUCCCUGCCAUUUUGAUAGUAUAAUCUAUUUUUAAAUGGAACUUUUCAGUAGGGGCGAAGGGCCAUCUCAUCCUGUAUCUGAGAUGGGGUGGGUGGGAAGGAAGGGAUUUGGGGUGAGGGGAGGAAUCUUCCUGCCACUCCCAAGUGUUUAUUUUUGAUACCAAAUGAAUUUCCAGCUCCCUCCCUCUCAGCCCCCCAAUUUCCUGCGGGCGGGUACAUAGGACCCUUUAAGUGUCCCUGGAGUUGGGAGGGAGGAAUGAGGGACAUUAAGUCUGCCAUGUUCCAGUUCUGGGCUGGAGAGAGGUGGGCUCAAAGGACUUCUAGGCUUGCCUCCUAUCAGCAACAGCCCUGUCCUGGGGACCUGGGAGGGGUUGGUGAUUUGGGGGACGGUGCUACACCUGUCUCCACUGUUUGUUUUAUUUCCCCAAAAUGUGGAUUUUUUUCUAAUAGUCCCAGAGAAUGGGUAAUUGUUCCUGUAAAUAUAUAUUUUUAAAGGUGA